AUGCUGCAUCCACUGCGUGUUUUCGAACACAUGCGGUCCCCGAUCAACAGAGAGCGCCAUCUGCUCGCCACCACCGUAUCCCUUGUAAGGAACCUGCUUUUACAACAAGCGUAUCAUAAAACAAGUGAUUUGUCUUCCAUGCAUCAAGAAACCAAAGCGCAGAUGUUUAUCCAUGCAUUGGCGCCAGCAUGGCAAAAAGCUCGUUUAGCUAUGAUGCAAGACACGACGAGUUGGAGUGACUUUUGCUUUUUGUUUUCUUCCCUACGAUACAGAACUCUGUUUCUAAAGGAAAUACCCUAUGAGCUGAUGGAGAUUCUAGGUGCUGUUUGGUGAUACGUGGAGGCCGUAGAAGGGGCAAAUCGACGCUCUGCAGCAGCAACCGGGGGAAGAAGGACCGCGAUUUUUUUUCGCCGCGUUUUAGUUUUUAUCAAGUUAAAGAAUACAUUACACCAAAACCAAUUAGCUCUAAAGCAAAUUUCAAAUUGAAAAAAAUGACGUCACGCCGUAUUUGUACGUCGGAUACACAGAGAUGAAGGUUACGCACGGCCUAUUUUGCGAAAACGAAAAACGAACUGUGAGCACAAUUGUGAGUUAAAUGGGUCACCACGAGGACUUGGUGGCCCAACAGCUUAAAAGUGCUCGUCUGCGAAAAAA